AUGCAGAUAACCAUAAAUUCUCGAUCUGGGAAUUCCCAAAAAUUUCCUUUAACUAUUGACUUACCAGCUGACGCAACUGUUGACCAACUUAAACAAGCCAUAUAUAAAAAUGUAUCAAAAUAUUAUCCUGACCGUCAACGCCUGACUAUUAACCAAUCGGUUCUACAGGAAGGGAAAACUCUAAAGGAAUUUGAUGUUAAAGAUGGAGAUACCAUUUCGUUUAAAGACUUGGGUCCACAAAUCAGUUGGAGAACCGUAUUUUGUAUCGAAUACUUUGGACCUAUCGCAGUUCAUCCGAUAUUUUAUUAUUUCAAUUCUCAAAUUUAUGGUAAAGACUUUGAGCACAGUAAGAUGCAAACAAUCGCGUACUAUAUGAUUAUGGCUCAUUUCAUAAAACGCGAAAUUGAAACUUUAUUCGUGCACCGUUUCUCACAUGGCACUAUGCCUUUUACAAAUGUAUUCAAAAAUUCAUUCCAUUAUCACGCGCUUAGUGGUGUAAACUUGGCUUAUUGGGUAUAUGGUCCUUGGAAUGCUACUGGGAGUCUUGAUGGUAAACGCGAAGAUUGGCUUAUUUGGACCUGUGUGGGAAUUUUUGUCUGGGCACAAAUCUCUAAUUUUUAUACCCAUAUUAUUCUACGUAAUCUUCGUCCACCGGGAACUCGCGUUCGUAGGAUCCCUUACGGAUAUGGUUUUAAUUUGGUAUCCUGUCCUAAUUAUUUAUUCGAGACAAUCGUAUGGCUUAGCGUUUGUAUUUUAACCAAAUCUUUUGCAGGGUUUACUCAAAUGUACUUGUGGGCGGUGAAGAAACACAAGAGUUAUCGUAAAGAAUUUAAAGAUUACCCAAAGAAUCGUAAAGCCAUGAUUCCUUUUAUCGCUUAA